AUGGCUGUUUACAAUCAAACAGAAACCCAAACAAUAACAAUAUCAAGGAAGAGGAAAUCAAGAACUAGAGCAGACGGUACAACGGUGGCUGAUAGACUAAAGAAGUGGAAAGAGUACAACGACUUUGUUAAUGCCACUUCUAUAAAACAAGGAGAGAAACCGAAACGUAAAGCUCCUGCUAAAGGGUCGAAGAAAGGUUGUAUGAAGGGUAAAGGUGGACCACAGAACUCUCAUUCCAGUUUCAGAGGUGUUAGACAAAGGGUUUGGGGUAAAUGGGUUGCUGAGAUUCGGGAACCUAACAAAGUAAGUAGGCUUUGGCUUGGCACUUUCCCUACUGCGGAAGAAGCUGCUUCUGCUUAUGAUGAAGCUGCUAUGGCUAUGUAUGGUCCAUUGGCUCGGCUUAACUUUCCUCAACAGUGUGUUGGCUCUGAGUUUACUAGUACGUCGAGUCAGAGUGAGGUGUGUAGGGUUGAAGAUAAGGCUUUUCUUAGUGGUGAUGUUUGUGUGAAGCAAGAAUCUAGACCAGUUAGUGAGAUUAAAGAUGUCAAGGAAGUAUGUGGUGAUGAACAUGGACAUGCGUAUACAAACCUGAAUCAGUUUGAUGCAUCUUAUUGGAGCAGACUAUCGAACGGAUUAGAGAAACCAAAGGAGGAACAAGAAGAAGUGAUACAGCCACAGCAGGAAUCAGAUAUGCUUACUGUUGGGGAUUAUGGUUGGCCUAGUGAUAUGCAAAACGAGCUGGGUUUUUGGGAUCUGGAUGAUUCUUUUGAUAUUGAUGCACUCCUUGGUGAAGAUCCGUGCCAAAACCAAAACCAGGUACACACUGGUGGUUAUGACUCACUUCCUUUUCAGCUGGAGCCACACCAUAGUCAUGAGUUGUUCGACUCGAGUUCUCUGGAUCUAUGA